UAAAUAAGCUCGCCCCCGAUCACGUUUCCUAGGGUUCUCCCUUUUUCCUUUCCCGCUGCAUUUUCCUUUUAUUGCUUUCCAAACACUCAUUUCGUCGCCAAAGAAAAAAAAUGAGCAACGAUGACGAAUCCGAUCUCAGCGUUGCCCUCCCCGCUGCCGCUGCCGCUUUGAGCGCAGAGGAACGCGCCGGGCUGGUUAAUGAACUUAAGAAUAAGCUCCAAACUUUAGCGGGACAACAUGCUGAUGUACUAGAAACUCUAUCACCACAUGUCAGAAAGCGUGUUGAGGUUCUCAGAGAGAUUCAGAGUGAACAUGAUGCACUGGAGAAGAAGUUUUUUGAGGAGAGAGCUGCAUUGGAGGCCAAGUAUCAGAAACAUUAUGAACCACUUUAUACCAAGAGGUAUGAAAUUGUGAAUGGUAUAGCGAAGGUUGAAGGAGAGACAAAUGAAGCAAUGAUAGACAAAGAAGGGGAUGGAUGUGUAGAAGAAAAAGGAGUGCCUGACUUUUGGCUCACUGCAAUGAAAACGAAUGAAGUUUUGGCUGAGGAGAUUACAGAGCGGGAUGAAGGGGCUCUCAAGUAUCUUAAAGAUAUCAAGUGGGGCAGAAGGGAUGAUCCUAAGGGUUUCAAGCUGGAAUUUUUUUUUUAUUCUAACCCUUAUUUUAAGAAUUCUGUCCUGACUAAAACUUAUCACAUGGUUGAUGAUGAAAAUGAGCCCAUUUUGGAGAAAGCGCUUGGAACGAAGAUAGAAUGGUGUCCUGGGAAAUGCCUGACACAGAAGGUCCUGAAAAAGAAGCCCAAGAAAGGAUCGAAGAAUGCUAAGCCCAUUACGAAAACUGAAAAUUGUGAAAGUUUCUUUAACUUCUUCAACCCUCCUCAGAUCCCUGAUGAUGAUGGUGAUAUCGAUGAUGAGCUUGCUGAGGAACUUCAGGAUCGAAUGGAACAUGACUAUAACAUUGGCUCGGAGAUUCGGGACAAACUAAUUCCCCAUGCAGUAUCAUGGUUUACGGGGGAAGCUGUUCAGGGGAAUGAAUAUGAUGCCUUAGAAGGUGAUUUUGACAGUGAUGAUGAAGAUGAUGACGAGGAUGAAGAUGUUGGUGAGGACAGAGAUGAGGAAGAUGAGGGAGAAGAUAAUAAGGGCAAAAAGAAGAGUGGAAGUGCAAAUGCCGGCCAAAGUCAGCGCUCUCGAGAGCGUAAGCAACAGUAGUAAAGCGGAUACCAUUUUGGUUGCUUAAAAUUUUGAGUGAUAAAUAUUCCCUAAUUGUGAGUAUAUGAGU